AUGUUCCUUGCGGUUUGGUUUUGCAUUGUAAGCCAAUGUUUUUUGGCGAAGGGCGUGUUUGGGUUUGCUUGCAACUGGGGGACUCGUUCUACGCAUCCCCUUCCACCAAAAAUAGUGGUGCAGCUCCUAAAGGACAAUGGGUUCGACAAAGUGAAGCUAUUCGAGGCAGAUCCUGCGGCACUCAGGGCUCUGGGUCGUUCAAGCAUUGAGGUGAUGGUUGGCAUACCCAAUGAUCUCUUGGCUUCGCUUGCAAGUAAUGUCAAUAAUGCUGAGGCUUGGGUCUCCCAAAAUGUAUCCACUUUCAUCUCCAAAAAUGGGGUCAAUAUCAGGUAUGUUGCUGUGGGUAAUGAACCUUUUCUAAAAUCCUACAAUGGUAUGUUCGUGCAAUCCACAUUUCCAGCCCUCAAGAACAUCCAAGCAGCCCUCAUAAAAGCUGGGUUAGGAAGGCAGGUGAAGGCGACUGUCCCUCUAAAUGCUGAUGUGUAUCAGAGUGGCAGUGGCCUUCCAUCAGGAGGAGACUUUAGGCCUGAUAUCCAUAACCAAAUGAUGGCCAUUAUCAAGUUUCUGAACCAAAAUGGUGCUCCUCUCGCCAUCAACAUCUAUCCUUUCCUAAGCCUCGAUGCUGAUCCAAACUUUCCAAAAGAAUUUGCCUUUUUUAAUGGCUCUGCACAACCAGUAGUUGAUGGUUCGAAAACUUACACAAAUGUCCUAGACGCCAACUUUGAUACCCUUGUUUCUGCUCUUGAAAAGAAUGGUUUUGGCUCAAUGCCCAUCAUAAUUGGGGAGGUAGGGUGGCCUACAGAUGGAAGCUCCAAUGCCAAUGUAAAGAAUGCCCAGAGGUUCAAUCAAGGGCUAUUUGAUCGCAUCGUUAAAAAGCAAGGUAGCCCAAAGAGAUCUACCCCACCAGAUAUCUAUGUGUUUGGGCUUCUAGAUGAAGAUGCUAAGAGUACUGAUCCUGGAAACUUUGAGAGGCAUUGGGGGAUCUUCAACUAUGAUGGGUCUCUAAAAUACCCCUUGAACUUGGGUGGUGGAAAAUCGCUGGUUCCUGCAAAAGGGGUCAAGUAUUUGCCAAAGCAAUGGUGUGUAAUGUCACCACAAGCAAGUACUUCAGACCCAAAUUUUGCUCAAAGUAUGAGCAAUGCCUGCACAUAUGCUGAUUGCACUAGCAUUUCUCCUGGAUCUUCUUGUGGAAAUUUGGAUCCUAAGAUGAAUGCUUCUUAUGCAUUUAACAUGUACUACCAAACCAUGGAUCAGCGCAAGGAUGCAUGCAAUUUUAACAAUCUUUCAAUGGUCACUAAGAUAGAUCCUUCGCCCCCUCAAGGUGGCUGCAAGUUUGAGAUCAUGAUUGAUCUGGGGAAGCACGAAACUAACUCCGCUUCGCUGGCUGUCCCAAUGAUGAUGCUGAAUUCAAUAGUCAUGCUGGUAUCAAGCUUCAUGCUCAUCAUUCCACUUUUGUGGAAUUAAAUUUAUUUAUUCUUUAUUGUUUUUAGUGUUGUGCAGAGUUGGCUAUUAUCACGAUUUUCUUUUGUAUAGUUUUAUUUUCAUCAAGAUUAUCAAUCUCUGUGUGAUCGGUUGAUUAUUGAAAUGAUCUUAUCCUUUAGAGCCAAUGUCAAUGGGCAUUUA